CCUUAGUCAAUUUUACACAACCGUGGAAUGUUAAGGGUCGCCACCAUUGUAGACUCCAAACGCCAAAAUCUCUUGAAAGCUGUAAAACAAAGAAACACACACACGCUCGCACUUAAGAAAAUGGAUAAAAUUGCACACAAAUUCCUACAUAUCAACGGGCAAAAGCUUCACAUAGCUGAGAUCGGCUCCGAAUCUUCGCCGGCGGUGAUUUUCCUUCACGGAUUCCCGGAGAUAUGGUACACUUGGCGCCACCAGAUGAUUGCCGUCGCAAACGCUGGUUUCAGAGCCAUUGCCCCCGAUUUCAGAGGAUACGGGCUAUCCGAUCCACCUGCAGAACCCGAGAAGGCCUCCUUCGAUGACUUUGUCAACGAUAUUGCCUCUAUCGUUGAUUCUCUCUCCAUUUCGAAGGUAUUUGUGAUUGCUAAAGAUUUUGGAACAAUGGUUGCCUACCCAUUUGUCCUUCGCUACCCACAGAAAAUUGCUGGAAUUAUUACACUUAACAUGGCAUUUAUGCCUCCAGCUGCCUUCAAGAGUCAUCCGCUUCCAGAAGGCUUCUAUGUUACAAGAUGGCGGGAACCAGGAAGAGCUGAGGCAGAUUUCAGUCGCUUUGAUGUUAAAACUGUGGUGAGAAACAUUUAUAUUUUGUUUUCUCAAAGUGAAAUCCCAAUAGCAAAUGAAAAUGAAGAAAUAAUGGACUUGGUCAAACCGUUGACUUCUCUGCCCUCUUGGUUGACUGAGGAGGAUCUUGCAAUUUAUGGGGAUUUGUAUGAAAAGUCUGGAUUUCGAACUGCACUCCAAAUUCCAUAUAGGUCUUACAUGAGCCUUGGAUACACAGACGAAGUUCCUAAAGUGGAAGCUCCAAUGAUGUUAAUAUUGGGUGAAGAAGAUUACGCACUCAAAGUUCCUGGAAUGCUUGAAUACGUAAAAAGUGGGGAAGUGAAAAAAUAUAUCCCGAAUAUAGAAACAAGAUACGUGCCACGUGGAUGUCAUUUUGUUCACGAGCAAUUCCCCGAUGAAGUCAAUCAAUUAAUCCUCACUUUCCUCGAUGCUAACAAGCAUCUCUCAAAAGUUUAGCUUAUUCGCAUCGGGACAAAAAUAUCUUUGUCUAGCUCUUUGGGUUUAGUGUAUUGCUUAGUUAAUGGUUGAU